CUCCUGGCUGCGCCCGCCGUCCUCGCUCGCACAGCCGAGUCCGCCUCGGCCUCGCAGCCCGAAGCGGAGCACCAGCUUCCGCCUAGCCUGGGAAAUGCCACCCGGCUGGGACCCGGCGUGACGGGCGGGGGCGGCUCCAACAGCAGCGGCGACGCCGUGGUGACCCGUAUCUCCAGCCUGCUUCGCGACCUGCCCACCCUGAAGGCGGCGGUGAUCGUGGCGUGCGCCUUCAGCGCGCUGCUCAUCGCCUGCCUGCUGCUGCGCGUCUUCAGGUUGGGAAAGAGGUUAAAGAAGACCCGCAAGUAUGACAUCAUCACCACCCCUGCUGAGCGUGUGGAGAUGGCCCCACUGAAUGAGGAGGACGAUGAGGACGAGGACGCCACAGUAUUCGACAUCAAGUAUAGGUAAAGUUCUUCGGGCAUGUUAGCAUCCUGGGGGACGUUGGUCAACUGCAGCCUGGGAUAUCAAGGUCUGGGCACCGGCUCUCACCUGAGGUGUUGAAACCAAAACCACCAUUACUUAUGAAACUCUGACUCCAUUCUGUGUGUCCAACAUCUGCUUGGAACAUCACCAUCAAGCUUGUCCCCAGUCACCAGAUGAGAGUCACCUUGGCCACCCUUGGAUGCCCCUUUGAGAUGCUCUUUGCACUGCUUCCUUGAGGGGUUUUCCACCUUCCUAAGAGGCGAAGAUGGGAACAUCGAUUUCUAAGAAUCUUUCUAGAACAACUAUAGAUAACAGUAAAGCUACAGUUAGGAGGAUCAAUAAUUUUAAAAAGCCGGGAAGAUAGCUUAGUUCGUAGCCUGAUUACCUUAGAAACAGGGGAUACAAGUUUUGUCCCCGGAGCUCACAUGAAACAGAACUAGCAGCAGGGCCCUCACCUCUAAUCCAGUAUAGGGCAAAAAGGUGAAGCCCUGGGGUUGACGGCUCAGCCAGCCUAACCUUGUGAGUUCCGGUGAUGACACCUGGUCACAGAAACGGUGGGUGACUCCAGAGGAACAAUGCGCAAGAUUCAUUUCUGCCCCCUACACACGUUUACCAAUACACAGCACACAUAUGCACACCCUCAAAAGGCUGAAGGGCCUUCAGGUGUACCUAGGAGAAUCCUGGCAUUCUGUUAUUCCAGAUCUUUCCAUCAUCAUCAGGUCUGGCUUUAUUUGGGGGACAGCUAUGUGACCUUUCAGAGUGGACAUACGAGCUCCCCACCUCACUCCACCCUGCCCCUUCCAAGAGGUUCAGCAUAAAUAGGAACGGCUACUACACAAAUUUCAAAUUUUCAGGGAUCAGACCACAUGAGUGUGUGUGUGUGUGUGUGUGUGUGUGUGUGUGUGUGUGUGUGUACCUGUCUCUCUCUUCACAGGGAUGGAAAGUGCCAGGUAGCUUUUAGUGAUUGUGUGUGUGUGUGUGUAUGUGCUGUAAAAACAUUUCUCUCUCCUGCCUCAGUGUUGUGUUGUUUGUCUUAGGAAUAUAAUGCUAAGAAGAAAUCACUGUGGUAAUUUAAAUGAAUGAUACUUUGGUUGGCUGAAAAAAGGGACACUGUUGGGGACUCUGUUGGCAGUCCGUCCAGGCUAUGUUCCACUAGAUUGGACUAGAAGCUCUCCUGGGUCCACUGCACCUAGCCUGGGAGCUGGGUACCCAGAGAUGCCCUGAGGAAACAGGUCCUGGACUAACUGCUCAGGUUAACGGAGGUCUCCCACUUGGUCUUCUCCCAUAUUGCUGUAGCUCGGAUGCUGUGCAAAUCUCAUAGCGGUGCCUUUGGAACCCCGGGAGUGUAGUAUGUCUGGAAAGAUGACUGUUGUUACUGCCUUGUUUCCUUUCUGUCUUUGUUCUAGAGUUUGUGUACUUGUCUGUUUGGUGCCCUGCUCCAUUGCUUUGGGUAAAAUCCCCCACCAUGGCCAGCUCUGCCCCACCACCAGACUCUCCAGUCCCUGGCUGGGGCUGUGGUGGUGGCAGUAGGUAGAAAGAGCCACCUUGGCUCUGGAGCCUGGCUGGGCAUGGGUGCUUUGCAAUCCUAACCCAUCAUGGAGUGGCCUGUUCUUCUGGGCUCCCUUAAUCUCUGCUUCUCAGUUGGUUUCUCUCAGCCUCCUGCCCUGCUAGUCAGAGGGGUGGGGCUUCCCUCACUGUGUAGUCACAGCACAGUGGCAAUUCUAGGACAUUGGCCACCUCCAAGCUGUGUGCCCUGCCCUCUCAGCCUUGGAGCUGGGACUGCCACCUCCCAUUCAGGUGUCCCAGGACUACAGGUGAACCACCUAGAAAGCUGGAUCCUCCUGCCUUAUGUGUGAACACCAUGGAUCCGGCUGCCAGUCCCUCAUCGCUGACUCUGGCAAGAAUAGCAGGACGGUGACCUUACAAAUCCUUGAUGAAUCUUCAACACCGCAGGCACUUAAAUAAAGAUCCUUAAAACAAACAA